AAGAGCUUCAACAUGACACGAAUUUGUGGGAUACUCCUGUUGUGAGGAUGCAAAGACCAUCAAUGUUAACAGAAAUUCAUACAUCGAAUAUGGAAGAAGAUGAUAUUGAAGAACAGGGCCAUAACGAUGAAAAUUUUAGUGAUAUGUCAGUUGAAGAAUCUUUAAACGAUGGUUCUUUAUCUAUGCUUGAAAACAUAACACAGUUGGUCGUAGAUAGUAAGUUACUUUUAGGGAUUGGAAUUGGUUUAUAUUUGGUUGACUAA